AUGGAUCCAGCAACACCAGCGCCAGACGCAGAGGCCGAGCUUCAACGAUUCAGAGAGCAGUGGCGGGCAGAAGUCGCCCGGAACAAGCAGCCAGAAGCAUCAUCAAGUAAAGAUGCCAGCAAAGCCCAGACGAGACAGGAGACUGUGCCUCUGCCCACCGGACCUUCGGCUGCGGCAAGACGAAAAGAUAUCCAGGAUCUAUCCGAGGAAAUAGAACCACGAGCUUACCACGACCUGCCCGACAAAGAAGAGCUUCUCAAACUUGGAGUCGAGGGCCAGGACCACGACCGAAACCCCUACAAAGAGCCCUCUACAGCACUCGAGCAUUAUGAGCGUGCGGUCGAGAGGGAGACCCAGGGCAACCUGGGUGACAGCAUGAGGCAUUAUCGGAGAGCUUUCAAACUGGAUGACGGCGUUCACGAAGCCUAUAAGAAGAAGCACUUUCCUCCGUCAUCUUUCGUAAAGCCAAAACCUGUCAACACCAAUCCAUCUAACGCCGCUGUGACUGUUCCUGGAACCGGCCACCACUCCCUGCAUGGCAGUACUGGGCUGCCGUCCUCGCUUAGACAGCUUGUGGAUGAGUUCUCUGGCUUGCGGAUCGAACCUGCUCCGCCAGCGACAGACGCCUCACCCCAAGAGCGCAGCCCUCUUGCUGAGCUGCCAGAAGAGAUCUUGACCCAAAUCCUGACCAGCUUGGCAGUGACAGACGUUGCUUCCUUUGCUCGCCUCGCCCUCGUAUGCAAACGUUUAGCCUAUCUGGUGCUCACAGAAGAGUCGGUCUGGAAGAGAGUAGCUCUUGGCCAGGAGAACGGGUUUGCAGCCAUGCUUUACGACUUCACCUGCGAUGUCGAAGGAUUCUCUCUUGAGGCUAAUGACUCCAUCGCUCGCUACCUGGCAAUCGAGUCGGACCACAACAGCGAGGACGAGGACUCCGUGGUUCUGCCACCAGCACCCGAGGAACGGAAGGCGGCAUUCGCAACCCUUACCGAGCAGCUCCUCCACACCACCUACGCAUCUUCCUGGCGCCAGAUGUUCCGCCUCCGGCCACGAUUACGCUUUAAUGGCUGCUAUAUCAGCACAGUUAAUUACACUCGUGCCGGCGCCACUUCAACUAACACUUUGACCUGGGGCGCACCAGUCCAUGUCAUAACCUACUUCCGCUACCUCCGCUUCUUCCGCGACGGCACUUGCAUCUCUCUCCUCACCACCUCCGAACCUGCAGACGUGGUUCACCAUCUUACCAAAGAGAACCUACACUCCAACCACCACAGCGGCAGCAUGCUCCCCAGCGCCGUCAUGAAAGAUGCUCUCCGCGGCCGUUGGCGUCUCACCGGGCCCGCCUCAUCCGUACUCGACCCAGUGACCGGCGAGCCGGAGACCGAAGGUGAUGUCCACAUCGAGACGGAGGGGGCGGUGCCGAAAUAUACCUACAAGCUUAUAUUGACCCUCGCGCACGCAGGCAAAGGUGCGCGGAACAAUAAGUUGGCGUGGAAGUGGUUCGGCAGCUGGAACCGGCUGACGGAUGAUUGGGGAGAGUUUGGAUUGAAGAACGAUCGGGCGUUCUAUUGGAGUCGGGUGAAGAGCUAUGGCGUUGGACUGUAG